AUGUCUCCACUUCUGAGAAGCAUCCUUGAUAUCACUGAAACUUACAAUAAAUAUGCCUCCCAUGAUUGUGAUGGGGCAGCACUAAGCAAGAAAGACUUGAAGAACCUUCUUGAAAUGGAAUUUGGAGACGUCCUUCGGAAACCACAUGACCCCGAGACAGUAGAUCUGAUCCUGGAACUUCUGGAUCGCGACUGUAACCGACUCGUCGAUUUCAAUGAAUUCCUCCUGUUCAUUUUCAAAGUGGCUCAAGCUUGUUAUUAUGCUCUCAGUCAGGCCUCCGGGCUCGGUGAGAGGGGAACCAAGAGUGAGAGAAAGGGGGAUCCGUUACAAGAUCGCAGACAAGACGACCAAAGGAGGUUUGAGGCCCAGGACAGACAACUGGAAGAAGAACGCAGGCAGAGGAGGCAGGAACGCGAAAGGGAGCUCGCCGAGGAAGAGGAGCAGAAGCAGCAGCAGGAGAGACGUGAGCGCGUCGACGGGCAGCGCCGGGAGGAGAAGCAGCGUUGGCAAAGGCGAGAACGCGAGGAGCGCCUAGAGGAGGAAGAGCAGCUACAGAGGCGCAAGGGAUCGGUGCCCGAGUUUCGCGACCCAGAGCGAAGGCUUGAGCAGCAGGUGCAGAGGCAGCAGCGCGAGCGCCAGGAGGAAGAGCGGACGCUGAGGCGCGAGCGGCAGGAGCUUCGGGGCGAACGCGGCGAAGAGGGAUCGCAGUGGCAAAGAGAACGCCAGGAAGAGCAGCGAGGGGGCCUGGAGGAAGAGCAGCAGCUGCGGAGGCAGGGGCGCGCACAGGAGGAGCCACGCUUGGAGAGGGAGCAGAGGCGCGAGCAGGAUGUGAGGCGCUUGGAGCAGGAGGUGAGGCGCGAGCAAGAGGAGCGCCAGGAGCUGGAAGAGAGGCGCCGGCAGCAGCAGAGGCGCGAGGAGGAGCCGCGCUGGGAACAGAAGAGUCGCGAGCAGGAGGCGAGGCGCGAACAGGAGGCGCUCUUGGAGCAGGAGGAAAGGCGCGAGCAGCAGCUGAGACGCCGCGAGGAGAGGCGCGAACAGGAGACGCGCUUGGAGCAGGAGAGGCGCGAGCAGCAGCUGAGGCGCCAGGAGGAGGAGAGGCGAGAGCAGCAGCUGCAGCUGAGGCGCCGGGAGGAAGAAAGGCGCGAGCAGGAGGCGCGCCUGGAGCAGGAGGGGAGAAGCCAGAAGUUGCGGAGGCGCGAGCAGGAGACGCGCUUGGAGCAAGAAGCGCGCUUGGAGCAGGAGGAGAGGCUUGAACAGCUGAGGCGCCAGGAGGAGAGGCGCGAGCAGGAGGCGCGCCUGGAGCAGGAGGAAAGAAGCCAGAAGUUGCGGAGGCGCGAGCCGGAGGCGCGUUUGGAGCAGGAGGAGAGGCGUGAGCAGCAGCUGAGGCGCCAGGAGGAGGAGAGGCGCGAGCAGCCGCGGAGGCGAGAGCCGGAGACGCGCUUGGAGCUGGAAGAGAGGCGGGAGCAGCUGCGGCGCCUGGAGGAGGAGAGGCUGGAGCGGAGGCGCGAGCAGGAGGUGCGCCGGGAGGCGGAGAGGCGCGAACGCGAGAGGCGCGCGCAGCAGCUAAGGCAGGAGGAGGGGCGCGAGCCUCAGCGGAGACGCGAGCAGGAGGCUCGCUUGGAGCAGGAGGCGAGGCGCGAGCAGGAGCGCAGACGCCGACUGGAGGAGAGGCGCGAGCUGCAGCUGGCUGAGGAGGAGGGAGAGCAGGAACGAGCACGCGAGCUGGGAGAGAGUCGAUCCCCGAGGUGGCAGUGGCAGCUAGAACGAGAAGCCGAGGCGCGUCAGAGCAAAGUCUACUCCAGGCCCCGCAGGCAGGAGGAGCAGAGGCGCCGCCUGGAGCAGGAGGAGCAGAGGCGGCGGCAGGAGCGCGAGCAGCGACUGCGCCAGGAGGAGCGGGAGCGCCUGCGGGAGGAGGAAGAGCCGCGCCGCGACUUCCAGUGGCGGUGGCAGGUGGAGGAAGAGAGCGAGAGGCGCAGCCAGAGGCUGUCGGCCAGGCCCGCGUGGCGGCCGCAGCGAGAGAGGCAGCUGAGAGCCGAAGAGCACCGGGAGCAGGGAGCACUGCCCCUCGCGGAGGAGGAGGAGGAGCAGCGCCGCGGGAGGGAGCGGGCGCGGCAGCUCCGCGAGGAGGAGGAGCAGCUCCUGGAAGAGCGCCUUCAGGAAGCACGCGAGAGGAGGCAACGCCAGGAGGAGCGUCGCGGCCAAACGUGGAGGUGGUGGCAUCUGGAGGAGGAAAGCCAGAGGCGCCGCCACACGCUGUACGCCAAGCCAGCCGAACCGGAGCAGCUGAGGGAGGAGGAGCAACUGCGGAGCGAGGAGGAGCUCCUGCGGCGGGAGAAGAGGCGCCAGGAGCGCGACCGGCAGUACCUGGAGGAGGAGCUGCAGGAGGAAGAGCAACUGCAGAGAGAGCAGCUCGAGAACAGGCGCCAGCAGCGCGACCGGCAGUACCGUGAAGAGGAGCUGCUGCAGGAGGAGGAGCGGCUGCAGAGAGAGCAAGAGCAGCGCGAGAGGCAGUACCGUGAAGAGGAGCUGCUGCAGGAGGAGGAGCGGCUGCAGAGAGAGCAGCGUGAGAAGAGGCGCCCGGAGCCUGAGAGGCAGUACCUGGAGGAGGAGCUGCAGGAGGAGCGGCUGCAGAGAGAGCAGCGCGAGAAGAGGCGCCAGGAGCGCGAGAGGCAGUACCGCGAAGAGGAGCUGCUGCAGGAGGAGGAGCGGCUGCUGCGGGAGAGGAGGCGCCAGCAGCGGGACCGGCAGUACCUGGAGGAGGAGCUGCGGCGCCAGGAUAGAAAGCGGGAGCUCGCAGAUGCGGGUCAGAGCCGCGAUCUGAAAUGGCAGUGGCAACCAGAAGAAGAAAAUGAUGCUGGUAGUAACAGGGUCUACUCCCCACGCAGAGAGCGUGCAGAAAAGCUCCGGCAGGAGGAAGAGCUCCUGGAGCGGGAGAGGCGAUUCCUGCAGGGUGGGCGGGAAGAGGCGAGAGAGCAAGAGAGAGGCUGGCAGCGACGCGACAAGCAAUCCCCAGCCGAACCGCUGCUGGAGCAAGAAUUGCAGAGGGAAGCCGAACGUCGAGACGGGAAGUUCCGAGAGGAAGAGCAGCUACUGAGAGAAGAGAGAGAAGAGAAAAGACGCCGCCAGGAGCGCGACCGUACGUUCCUAGAAGAGGAACAGCAGCUGCGCCGGCAAGAGCGCGAGCAACUGCUCCGCGAGGAGCAGCAGCUCCGCCAGGAACGCGGAGACCAGCAGCUGCGCCGCCAGGAGCGCGACCGGAGGUUCCUCGAGGAGGAACAACUCCAUGAAGAAAGGGAGGAACAACUGCUGCGUCGCCAGGAGCGCGACCGAGAGUUCCUUGAAAGGGAACAGCACCUGCAGCGAGAGCAGGACGGGCUGAGGCGUCCGCAGGAGCGUGAGCAGCGAUACCGUGCGGAGGAGCAGUUUGCUGGCGAGGAGAAAAGGCGUGGGCAGGAACGCGAGAGGAAAUUCCGCGAAGAACAGGAGGAGGAGCAGAGGCGCCGAGGAGAACGCAACCUGCAGCAGAGCCGCGGUCAAGCCCGGGAGACACGGUCCCAGGAAGACGAGGCCCGCAGGCAGCUUCUGGAACCCGGCACGCGUCAGUUCGCCAGGGUCCCGGUGCGCUCCAGCCCGCUCUAUGAAUACAUCCAGGAGCAGAGAUCGCAAUACCGCCCUUGAGAGAUGCUGCCAGUAUCCCUGCCAAAGCCUCCUGCAAAGCAAAAUUAGAAACACCGGGUAUCAAAUGACUCACAUGUUUUCUGGUUGUGGGAAACCUCUGAUGUUAGAAUGCCUUUUUUCCAGAUUCUUAAACUAUAUCCACUUCGUGUACUUUGUACUCCUGCCUUUUCUUUUUCCUCAAGUAGUUCUCUACUGCAGGAUGUCUUUGUCCUUUGGUGCGGAUGUGGUGUGCAUUCAAAGAAAAUUCAUUAAAAAAA